CUCUCUCUCUCUCUCUCUCUCUCUCUCUCUCUCUCUCUCUCUCUGCGGUCAUCAUGGCGGAAAUCAAAACGGGAAUUUUCGCUAAAAACGUCCAGAAAAGACUGAACCGUGCGCAGGAGAAGGUGCUGCAGAAACUGGGAAAAGCAGACGAGACCAAAGAUGAACAGUUUGAACAAGUGGUCAUCAACUUCAGGAGACAGGAGUCUGAAGGCGCUCGGCUGCAGAGGGAGAUGAAGGCCUACAUGGCUGCCAUUAAAGGGAUGCAGCAGGCCUCCAUCAACCUGACUCAGUCUCUGCACGAAGUCUACGAACCCGACUGGCACGGGAAAGAUGAUGUCAUGGUCAUUGGGAAGGACUGUGAUGCAAUGUGGGAAGACUUCCAUAACAAACUGGUGGACUCGACGCUGCUGAACCUGGACGAGUACCUGCUGCAGUUCCCAGACCUCAAAACUCGUGUGGCCAAAAGAAGUCGGAAACUCAUCGACUACGACAGCGCUCGCCAUCACAUGGAAACUCUGCAGGUGGCAGGGAUGAAGAAUGACCGUAAGGUGAUGAAGGUGAGUCAGUUAAAGGUCCAGAUGUUAGCUGCCACCUGCUCAGCUGCCGUACAUCUUGUUAAACUCACCUGUUUCUCUUUGAAGGCAGAAGAAGAGUUGAAAAAGGCUCAGAAAGUGUUUGAUGAAUUGAACGUCGGCCUGCAGGAUGAACUGCCGACUCUGUGGGACAGCCGGGUCGGCUUCUACAUCAGCACCUAUAAGAGCAUAACCAAACUUGAGGCCAAGUUUCACCGCGAGAUCUCUCUGGUCUGCAGACAGCUCUACGAAGUGAUGACCAAACUGGCUGAGCAGCACUCGGACAAAAUGUUCACCAUCCAAGGAGCUCCAAGUGAUUCCGGGCCGCUGCGACUCGCCAGAACCCCGUCACCUCCAGAUUCUGAGAGUCCACCUGACAGUCCCGACGCCAGCUCCAACCACAUGCUCCGCCCUGUCUCACCUGGACCGCCACGGCCCAAAUCCCCGAUACAGCUUAAAAAGGGGCCACCGGUGCCUCCACCACCGAAGGUCACACCUACCAAGGAGGUGGCAGAGGAGCAGAUCAUCGACCUGUUUGGAGGAGAAUUUCUACCAGCACCUUCACCAUCGCAGCCCAAUGAACGGCCGGGACAAUCUCUUCUGGACAUGGACUUUGAUGCUUUUCAGCCAGAUGAAAGUGUUUCGCCGAUACCACAGACAGCUGUGCCUUGGGAUAUGUGGUCGGCAAACGCCCAAACAGCUGAGCCUGCUGCAGACACCGGCUUCGUCGCCAACUGGUCUGCUGACUUUGGUUCAUUGUCAGCAAAUGGAGAUGCUGCAGCAGUAGCCGAGGCCCCUGCUGUAGGGCCGGAGGGGGCGGUGGGCGGGGCUCAGGAUUGGGCACAGGAUGGGGUGCAGGACGGGGCGCAGGCAGACGGCUGGCAGGACGGGGCGCAGGCAGAUGGCUGGCAGCCAGCUGCUGACACAGCUACACCUCUUCAGGACAGGGAGGCAGCCACAACAUCUGAAGAUGAGGUUAGAGGCUGGAACUCUGAAACUAACUCCAACGUACAUCCCUCCGCAUUCAGAGGCGAUAAAGAUGAGACAGGUCAGGCAAAUUCAGAGGGAGAUGCAUCAUGGCAGGAAGACCGCAGGAAGUCCACCCCAGGACUUAUAUUUACCAACGAGUAUGGUGAAGAGAUUGAGCACAGCACAGAGGACAGAGCAGACAAGUGGUACAGGUCUCCAGACGGGUCGGGAUCUGAGUAUGAGACCGCUGAGGAGUGGGCUGAUGGGGGUCAGGUGGGAGGCUGGGCGAGUGCCGAUGAUGAGCUUUCAUAUGACAACCGUCCCCCAGGGAAAGUCUCAGAUGGGUUGGGAUGUGAUGAUUGUGGAGCAGCAGAACAGUCUCAAACUGUAGAACACGCUUCAUCAGAGGGCAAUAAAUCAGACAGAAACUGUUCAGCUGAAGAAGAACUGCCAGGUAAACCAACUGAUCUCACAUCGGUUUACACAGAUCGUUCUGAAAAUCAGGAGGAAGGUGUGUUUGAUUCAGAUCCUUUUACAGAAAAACAGGGAGGAAGUGCGUUUGAUUCUGAUCCUUUUGCAGAAAAACAGGAAGGAGGUGCAUUUGAUUCAGAUCCUUUUGCAGAAAAACAGGGAGGUGCGUUUGAUUCAGAUCCCUUUGCAGAAAAAAAGGGAGGAGGUGCGUUUGAUUCAGAUCCCUUCACUGAAAAACAGGGAGAAGGUGCAUUUGAUUCAGAUCCUUUUGCAGAAAAACAGGGAGGUGUGUUUGAUUCAGAUCCCUUUGCAGAAAAAAAGGGAGGAGGUGCGUUUGAUUCAGAUCCCUUCACUGAAAAACAGGGAGAAGGUGUGUUUGAUUCAGAUCCUUUUGCAGAAAGUCAGGGAGGUGCGUUUGAUUCAGAUCCUUUUGCAGAAAAACAGGGAGGAGGUGUGUUUGAUUCAGAUCCUUUUGCAGAAAAACAGGGCGGUGCGUUUAAUUUAGAUCCUUUUGCAGAAAAUCAGGGAGGUGCGUUUGAUUCAGAUUCUUUUGCAGAAAAACAGGGUGGUGUGUUUGAUUCAGAUCCUUUUGCAGAAAAACAGGGAGGUGCGUUUGAUUCAGAUCCUUUUGCAGAAAAACAGGGAGGUGCGUUUGAUUCAGAUCCUUUUGCUGAAACACAGUUUGGAGACAAGGAGGGUGGUUUUGGGUUUGAUCCGUUUGCUGAGACCUCCGGAGAAGGUGCAGUUGUGUCCACUGGGGAUGGAAGAAGUGGGUGGGAUUCAGACCCUUUUGCCAACAGUUUCCCAGCAGCGUCUUCGGGGACUGAGGGCCGAGCCACCAACACAACGUCUUGGCAGGAAGUUAGUCACAGCAGUGGCUUCGAGUCUCCUGUCCCACAACAAAACUCUGCGUCUGCAGAUGUUUCUGGAACAGCAGAAGGAAUUAAAGAUUUAAACGUUACCAGAAUUCACAAAGAACCAGAAAAUUCAGACAUGUCCGAAGACGAGGCUGCGAACCGGAGAUUUGGAAAGUUGUACCCAGAUCUAGAUACAGAAAAGGAAGAGGUGACCAAUGCAUUUAAUGGAUUUUCACAGGAUGCCACUGCGCCAUCAUUUUUUGCGGAUUUUGAUAAGAUGAAUGAAGUUAACCCUGAAUCAACUGAGGCUCCAGAAACCUCAGAGACAGAAGCUGCUGAAGUACAAGACAAGCCUGCAACUCCCCCUGCUGGAGAAAAGAUGGAGGAGCCUGCACCUCCCUCUGCUGUAGAAAAGAUGGAGGAUCCUGCAACUCCCCCUGCUGGAGAAAAGAUGGAGGAGCCUGCACCUCCCUCUGCUGUAGAAAAGAUAGACGGACCUGCAGCUCCCCCAGCUGAAGAAAAGAUAGAUGAACUUGCAGCUCCUCCUGCUGAAGAAAAGAUAGAGAAACCUGCAUCUCCUCCUGCUGAAGAAAAGAUAGACGAACCUGCAUCUCCUCCUGCUGGAGAAAAGAUAGACGAACCUGCAUCUCCUCCUGCUGAAGAAAAGCUAGACGAACCUGCAGUUCCUCCUGCUGGAGAAAAGAUAGUCGAAUCUGCCACUCCCACAGUUGGUGAAGAAGAUUCAGCAGAAAUUUCUUGCAGCCUUAAGGAGAAGCCUGAUUCGAUGGUUGGGUCUCCAGACUCUGAGAAGGCAGAACUUAGUGAGAUUCCUCCUGUUGACGACGACAAACCAUCUCCAGGUGAAGCAGCUCCAUCGGAAAAGAUGCCGAUCCCCUCUGUGGUGAUUGAGCCUGCCUCCAGUAAUGAAGGUGAUGAUGACCGUGAUGCUGACAUCAUCUCUCCCACCGCCAUUAGUGACAAUGGUGUGACAGCUAUCAAACACAUGAGUCCGUCUGGGGGAGUGAUGGGACUCCCUGAUGACUUUCUCUACAAGGUGGAGACGAUGCAUGACUUUGAGGCUGCAAAUUCAGAUGAGCUGGAGCUAAAGAGAGGUGAUGUGGUGUUGGUGGUUCCCACUGCGUCAGUAGAGGAUCAGGAGGCCGGCUGGCUCACAGGGUUCAAAGAAAGUGAGUGGUUGACACUCGGCACUAGUGCUCACAAAGGACUUUUCCCAGAAAACUUUACUCAGCGUCUGGAGUAAAAAUCUCUUCAGCUGGUGGAAAGAAAUAGCAGAUGUUUAAGUACAAGCCGUCCAGUCAGCAUGUAGCCAACCCCUGAACAACCCUGCUGCAGCUGUGUGCUGGACAACGCAAACCUUUCUCUGGUAGAUGAAACUCUACCAUCUACUGAAAAUAAAAUUCAUGGUAAUAAAAAGUAGAACUAUUUCCAGCAUAACUGAAAACUAAUAAGCAUGAUGUGAUAGUAUGGUCUACCCUUCUCCGGAAUUGAGAUGUUUUUUUGUUGUUGAGAACAAAAAGAUGUAUGAUUUAAUGGGAAUGUUGCAAUCUCUACAUGUUCACACCUACAAAAAGCAGUAAAAUUGUUUCUGAAGAAAAAAAGAAAAACGUAACCUUUUUUGCACCCAGUGUGUUGUACUGAUUUUGUUUCUCUGCUGUGAAAUAUACCAGAAUCUAUAGUGCUGUGAUCUAUUUAAAUGUUCUUGAGUGUAACAUGAAACUCUUGAGUUUUGUUUUUCAGACACGUCAUUGCUGUUAUUUAGUGUAUUUCUGUAAUAUCACGGUUGAGCGUAUGUGGUGAUCUUUUCUUUGGCAUAUUUGGUGAUGAAUUAAGUCACUGGCAAGUGUUGCUGUGUUUUUGCCAAAAUAAUGUUGACAUUUAUCAUCUUAGCAUUGGCAAACAAACCAGUGCACAUCCAGCUUGAACAUCUUUUUAUCAAAGUCAGUAUUCAAAGAUUGAAGAAAUUAAAUAUCUGCCCCCUGUGAUUAUAGUAAAGCUGUAUAAUGAAAGAUAUCUUAUGAAAAGUCUAUUUGCAAGAAACAGAGCCAACCAGAAGACAAUUUAAUCUCAUCGAUGUAUGAUAACAGGGAAGGAAUUAACAAAUGCAAUAUGCAAUCUAUGUUGUCGGUAUAUUUCAGGUCUCCAUAUUCCCAGAGUUCUGUAGAUCAACAAAGAUGAUGUCACUUCCUUUGAUAGUAAAGUUACACCGAAAUGUAAACCUUUUUUGUGAUGUACAAACCAUAAACAUUUAUGUCAAGAUCAAUAAAUAAGACUUCAUGAGGUA